AGCCAAGGCUUCUUCUCAGGCUUCUUCCUAGGUACCUCAUGAGAAGAUGUACUACUCCAGGGCUAUUAACAAAAUAGGUGGACGGGUGUUGUCAGCUGUUAGAUAUGAAAGUACUAUGCAUUCUGCAGGGCUGCCCAAGUAUGCGGUCUUCAGCUGACACCGCCCCGCUUUAGGACACCUCCAAGUUCAGGACAUCAUGCUUACCUAGGUACCUACCUAGUAGUUUUAGUCGAAAUUAUACUACAUAGAAUCGAGAAUCUUCGCCUACCCAGUACGUAACUCAGCCGAGAUGGACCCUUUUAGUAUCUUAGGCGCUGCGGCUGCGAUUCUUCAGUUCGUGGAAUUAACGGCCAAGAUACUAGGGUCUGCUCACGAGAUUUACACCUCACAUACCGGCGCCUCACAAGAGAACAUUCGCGUCGAAGAUGUGGCUAAGAGGGUGAAGCAAUUAGGCCAGCACCUCGAGGACAGUGCAGCGCGGCAUACUGGAAGAAAUUCUUCACAGAAAUACAAUGUUAUCAUCGAGCUCACACAAAAGUCCCAGAGCCUGGCGGAUGAGCUUUUACAUUCUAUCGCCUCUCUAACCAUUGACCCGUCUGCUCGGUUCAAAUCCUGGCAGGCAUUUCGAGGGGCAUUGCGUGGGUAUUUGCAGGAGGAUCGCAUCAAGACAUUGCAGGUACGCUUGGAUGGGCUAAGAAGCGAAUUGAUGCUUCAUCUGAUUGUCAUGAUUAGUGAUGAUCAGUCAGAGCUUUUAAAGUCCAUUCGAAGCGUGAAGGAAACAUGUCAAGCUAUGCGGGUUGACUAUAUUGAUCAAUUUUUAAGCCUCCACAAGGAUCUUUCGAGUCAAAUUAAAACGCAAGGCCUCAUGCUUAAGAGUCUCCUAAAGGCCAUAGAACAACCCACGUCCCAACCGAUCUUUUCAAUUACGAAGGAGCAGAUUGUCGAGUAUUCCGUAACUGUGCGAGAUUUGUCCUCGCUUAUAGUGGAAGCCUCAAAGUUCUCUCCGAAACUAAUGAGAAUCCUUGAGAGUCUAAGAUUUACGGAAAUGCCCUAUCGACAUGAUAAUAUCCGCGAAACACACCGUGAUACAUACUCCUGGAUAUUUGAUGAGAAUGAAUCGUCAUUAGCGAACUGGCUUACUAGCCAAGAUGGUCUUUUCUGGGUAAAUGGAAAGGCUGGCUCGGGAAAAUCAACUCUAUUCAAGUAUCUUGUCCAUACCCCUGAGAGUAAACAGAUGCUCAACCAGUGGGCAGAUGGGAAGCAGUUGUCAACAGCCAGUUUCUUCUUCUGGAACCAUGGAAAUCGGAUGCAGAAAUCGUGGAAGGGUCUUCUCCAAAGCUUAUUGUUUCAGAUUCUAAGCACCUGCCCCGACAUUGCCGAGAAAAUCUGUUCGAGAAGAUGGAACGAAGCUCACGAUCCAAAACUCCCACCUCCAUCAUGGAGGUCUGAUGAGCUUGUCGACACCAUAGGGCUCGCUUUCUCCGAGAUCGCCGACUCGUAUCGCUUUUGCUUCUUCAUCGAUGGCCUUGAUGAAUACGAGGGAGAUGACCACUUCGAACUAAUCAACCUAAUAGAGCGACUUCAGGGGUCAGCAUCAGCAAAAUUCUGUGUCUCAAGCCGACCGUGGAAUGUGUUUGUUAGAAACUUCGUUCUCAUGAAUGUCCCGACACUGGUAUUAGAGGAGAAGACAAGGGGUGAUAUGGCGAAAUAUAUUCACGGGACGCUAGAAGAGGAUCGCCGGUUCCUACGACUCAAGGCACGGGAAGACCGCGCAGACGAAUUGGCUACCGAAAUUAGCGAGAAAGCCAACGGCGUUUUUCUGUGGGUCUUCUUGGUUGUUCGUGAAUUGCUACGAGGUCUAAAUGAAGAAGACGACUUUUCGACGCUACAAAGACGAUUGAGGCGUCUCCCAGAUGACCUAGAGAAGUACUUCCAGCACAUGCUCAAUCAAUUGGAUAGAACAUAUCAGGAGAAGUCCGCUAGAGCAUUACUGGUCUCGGCUGCUGCUUGGAGUUCGCCGCCCAUCGAUGUUCUCUACGGUAUACAAUACGGCAUUUCUCGGAGUGAAUUUUGUCGCAUGGCAGAGGUGCAGGCAAUAGAUAAUCCACAACGCGAGAAUCUUCGCAGGACAGCACAAUUCCAUCUGAAUAGUUGGUGUCGCGACCUACUAGGAAUCUCUAGAGGAUCCGACUACGACCGCGUAGAAUUUCUCCACCGCACCGUGAGGGACUUCCUAUGCACGGAGGAUAUUUGGCGAUCACUAGAGAAGAGGGCAGGGGUUGAUUUCAACCCACUCUUAGUGCUGUGUCGUGCAUCUCUUGCACAAAUGACUUACCACGUCCAUGUCACCUUGGACAGAAACACUACGCUAUCAUCUAGCUACAAUUUCGAUAAACUUGUACUACAUACGAUGUACUACGCGGUGGAGUGCGAGCGACACGACGAGAGCAGCCCAGCGAGCGAGCUUGACGAACUCAAUCGGCUUGGUAGCCUACUGCGUUCCUCGUCGUGGAUGAAAGAUGUCUGGUACAAUACGAAACCAAAAGUAGACGAUUUCCUUACUGCUGCGGUUGCAUGUGGCUUGCAGCUGUACGUACAGGGGAUAUUACAGCGGCAACCGGAGAAGCUAUUUAGGAAACGAAAUCAGUGCCCACUUAUUGACUUUGCAUAUAUUGAGAAUGCUCUGAAAGAGUUUCCUAGUCUUCCAGACAAGCGCUCUUCCAUGGUAAAAGUACUCAAACAUCAAGCUAUACAAUAUGAUGAUAAAGUCGAACGGGAACGAAAAAGGCAUAGCCUCCAGCGUUUCCUGAGACCUAAAAAGAGAUUGACUGCAAAAGAAGAACUGCAGCGCGGUAGUCGUGAGAUCACCUUUUGAAAACGAUCGCUGAUCGACCUAACUCAGCUGUAGAAUUAGCACUUGAUAAAAGCCGUAGGUUUCACGAGUUUAAUUAAAACUAUAUGAAUAGGGAAAGCAAUAUCACCCGCCUGCAGUCCUCAUCCAUUGCCACCUACACAUUUGUGUACGGGCGGCUUAUCACGCAGCCACGAGAUCUAAAU